CCAUAUUAUUUCGAACGCUCCUACCCUGGAGGCUGGUUCACCUACGGAGCUAUUUUGGACUCGCGCGUAGAAGCGUCCGACCUGCCGUCUUUAAUCUCCUCGCGCACGGGCACCCACACGCCGGCUUUCAUAAGCGCGUACGCCGUCACGUCCCCUCGCCCGCUCGUCUUCUUCUCCAUCCUCUGGCAACCCAACUCCAAAUCCUUUGGCUGGGCGGUGCUGUUCAAUCUCGACGGUCCAUUGUUCCAGGAUGCUCUCCACCGUCAGAUCGCGUCGGGCUUUAAGCCUGUGCAGGUGGAGAGCUACUACGUGUCGGACGAAGGCAGGCCGUACUACCACGAACUCUACUACGCGGCCUUCUUCCUUGCUGACGUGGCAUGGCCAGCUGGCAGCGACACACAGGUGGAGGCGGCAUUCGGCAUGCCACACGACAAGAGCUACUGCUGUGGGCCCGCCUCCCGAUGGUGGCGGCUGCAGCGACAGGGUUUCAGCCCGCUCAGCAUCUCUCUCACAGAGGACCCCAUUGCCCUCACAGUCUAUGUGGCGGAUGUGUGGAGCAACGCCCCCACCCCAGCUGGAUGGCAAGCCGGGGUGGCGAGGACGGAGGAGCAGUUGCAGCAGGAACUGAUGCAGUUACCGCCUCCCCUGGUUCCCACCUACCUCAAGGCGUACACUGUGGGGAUGAAGGUAUUUUAUGCGUACGUGGCACGCCCUCCCUCCGCCCCCACCGCUCCCCACCGCAUCCUCACUCCCGACAUUGGCCGCAGCGGCUUUGAGCUGCUGGCUCUCUCCCUCAAGCACCCCCCUCUCCUUGUUUCCUCUUUCCUGCCCCCCAAGUGUGGGAGCCAUGGGAAAAGUGAGAGGGAAAGAUACUCUGCUGUGUGGCAGACUGAUGGUGCUGAGAGGGGGGUGGGGGAAGAGGGGGGUAUAGGAGAGUGGGGGACGAAGGAAGAGGGGAGGAUGGAUUUCCGCGCCGCCAAUAUCCUCGCAGCGCUCUUGUCUCUAGCGCUCCUCGCGUCGGCCCUUCCUCGCCACGUGUCCUCAUCCCCCGCGUUCAGCGGCGGAUUCGGCUCGGAUUUGGACCUCCGUGGCCCCGCCGCCGCCGCUGACGGCUCAUUCCUUGACGAGAAACUCCCGCGAAGGAACGUAUCCAACGGUGGUGCCCUCAACUACUUCGAGCGUAAGUACCCAGGGGGAUGGCUGACUGCCGGACCGAUCCUCGACUCACGAGUCGAGUCCUCUGACCUGCCGGCUCUUCUCUCCUCGCGCACGCGCUCCCACGUGCCUGCCUUCGUCAGCGCGUACGCCGUCGCGACCCCCCGCCCACUCGUCUUCUUCUCCAUCCUCUGGCAGCCCAACUCCAAAUCCUUGGGGUGGGUGAUGGUGUUCAACCUCAACGGCCAGCAGUUUCAGGAUUCUCUGCACCAUUACAUCUCCUCGGGGUAUAAGCCCUCUCAGGUGGAGAGCUACUACGUGGCAGACCACCACGGGCUGUACUACGCCGCCAUCUUUCUUGCUGACGUGGCGUGGCCAGCUGGCAGCAGCACACGGGUAGAGGCGGUGUUUGGCGUCCCCCACGACUCCUCCUACUGCUGUGGGCCCUCUUCCCGAUGGCUGCAGUUACAGCGACAGGGCUACACCCCGUUGAGUGUGUCGUUCACAGAGAACCCUUCCUCUCAGAGAGUAUACGUGGCGGAUGUGUGGAACGAUGCUCCCAGCAGAGGCGGCUGGCAGGGCGGGGUGGCCAAGACUCAGGCGCAGCUGCAGCAGGCCCUCACUCAGCUGCUGCCUCCCCUGGUUCCCACCUUCCUCAAGGCGUACACUGUUGGGUAUCAGGUCUUCUAUGCAUACAUCGCCCGGGCCAGCCCAUCAACACCUCCUCGCUCCACCCUCACAACUGACGUCAGCCGCAGCGCCUUUGAGCUGCUCGCCCGCUCCCUCAAGCACCCGCCCCUCCUUGUGUCCUCGUAUGGGCCGAUGAAUGGGGGGGCUGGGGAGAGCGACGCCCCUGGAUCGGACGGGGUGGGAGCAGUCGUAGAGGAAGGUGCAGGAGAGGCAGGGGAAGGGGUAGGAGAGGAUGUAGCUUAA